AUGUUGAGAAAUAUCCUCUCAAGUACCACCAGGCUCUUCUCCAGAGACCAGAUCCCCUCGGGAAGCAGGUCUGUCUCCACUGCCGUCCACCUCGGCGACCUCGCCCCAGCUAGGGGCUCGACCAAAGUCGACACAAGAUACGGCCGUGGUCCCGGGUCUCAGAAAGGUGGAACAUCAGGUCGUGGUCACAAGGGUCAGAAGGCGAGGAAUGGAAAGGGUGUGAGGCUUGGAUUCGAAGGUGGUCAAACGCCCUUGUACAGGAGAAUUCCCAAGAGAGGUUUCAUCAACUUCACAUCUAAAACCUACGCUCCCCUCUCCAUCGCGACUCUUCAGUCAUGGCUCGCUCAAUCCCGCAUCUCUCCCUCGGAAACCAUCACCGUCGGCACCAUCGCCCGUUCCAAUGCCGUACACGGCCUCUCGCAUCUCCACGGCGUCAAGCUUCUCGGCGACGUUGACCCCUCCCUGCCCCUCCCACCACUGAAGCUCGAGCUGUCGAGAUACUCCAAGAGCGCGGCCAAGGCGAUCUUGGCAGCUGGAGGAGAGUUGAAGGCGGUCUAUCACAACAACCUGAGUUUGAGGAAGGAAUGGUACCCGGAGAAGUUUAUGGGUAGGGAGAUUCAGAGCGCAAAGCCUGCGAGGAAGAACGAUAUUUUGUUCUAUACCAACCCUAAGAACUUUGGAUAUCUGGCCGAAGAGACCCCCACCUCUGCUCGCAAGAUGACUCCGGAAGAAUGGGCCAAGGUUGAAGCUCCCCAAUAG